AAACGGCGCGUGCAAAUUCCGGCUUCUGGGUAAACAACUCUCUCGCUCCCUUCGAUUAGAACACGGUAAAAGCAUUUCCAGCCAUGAGCUCCAAAGAACACGGCUCCGAUAUUAAAGUGCCAAACACGCUGGGGCAGCAGCAGGGAUUGAACAUUGCCUGGAUAACGGACCAGCAGUUUGCCGCCUAUGCAUUCGGCAAUGCGAAACGAAACCGUCCCCCAACACAGGGAGAUGGUCUGUCGGUCGAUAUUAAUCUGGUCGGUGCCGAUCUCAUCUUCGACGAUGCCACGAUCCGGCCGAUGAUCACCGAAGCUUGUCGAGUGUUUUACGGUUUGCAACGGUUGCGGUACGGGCUCGCCGAGGGAUCGAACAAACCCAUCGAUUAUGUGAAGAUAUCGCAAAAGUAUCGUUCCAUCUUGCGCAAAUCGCUCGAGAAGAUGAAUCUGCGCGUGCAGGAGCUACCGGAGAACGAUCCAGCCCUGGAAGCGUACCGGAACUUGAUAAGCCUGUUCUACUCGAUCGAAUGCACCUGGCAUCUGCUCGAGUUUCUCGUCAUCGAUAGCAACACGUCCGGGGCGAUCGUUUCCUCGCUGCUCGAAUGGAUUCGCUUCCAUUUUCCCGAACCGGAGCGUGCCGCCACGGAGAUGCUGCAGAGCGGCCGUGAGCUAGACAAGCAGGACAGCUACUGGCCCGUCGUGAAGGGGCUGGUGCUGCAGGGCCAAACGACAAUCGCCCGAGCGCUGCUGCGCGUGCACACGAGCUCCGAAACGCACUGCUUCCAGGUGGCGGAACAGCUGCUCCAAUCCAUUCCGAUCUACAGCGUGUACAGCGGGCUGUCCGUCCACCGGUACAAAACGCAAUGGCAGUGCUGGUGCGACAAUGUGCGCACGCUAGUGGCGGCGGGCAGCUUUGGAGCGGAACCGAAGCUGGAAGAGCUGCUGCGGCUGGUUAGCGGGGACCGGAAAGCGUGGAUGGAGCAGCUGCGCUCCUCCAACUGCUGGUACGAGUAUUUCCCCGGCUAUCUGCUGUACACCGAUUCCAGCUGCAAAUACUAUCAGCUGGGCCAGUACGCGAACGACUGGAUUGCACAGUAUCUGGCCGACUGGAGGGCAGACGGUCCGGGCGGAGGAGCGUCCAGCGAACGGCAGUUCAAGUUUCUCGAUAAGCUGGUCCUCUCGGUGAUGGAGAACAACCUGGUGAACGUGCUGCAGCAGAUACAGCUGUUCCCGGACAAUCGUUGGUUUGCGGUUCAUAUGGUCGAUCUGCUGUACCAUGCCGGACUGCUGGAGAUGGGUGCGGCGGACGAACCCGACGACAGUACGUCUCCCUCGAAGCUUUCGCGAACCGGCGCAGGCGUGUCGGACGGUAAACUCGUGCGCGAAUCCUUACUGUUCGACUACGGAUGUUUGCUCAUGUCGCACAGCUCAUUUUGGCAGAUCGGGAUGGACUAUCUGGAGUUUUCCUCCACCGAGGGCUUGGGCGCUCGGGAAAGCCUGCUCGCCCGGGUGCCGUUUCAAACCGAUCGGCAAGCGGAUCGAAUCAUUGCCGUAGCGCGCCAGAACAACUAUCCCGAGGUGGCGUCGGAGGUGUGCAAGGUAAUGACCAAGCGCAACCUUGCCCAGAAGAACUACGGCAGUGCGCUCGACUGGGCGAUCAGCUCGCGGGACAGCGCGUACGUGCGCGAUGUGGCGAACAUUUUCCUCGAGCACUACUGCAACCAUGGCGUGCUGCUGUGCGAGAAGCAAAUCGCCCAUCUGGGCUCGAAGGUAUUCAUCUCGCCCCGGUUAGUGUUUCUGCGCACGUACUACGAUUUCCGCAAAUCCUACCGCGAGCAGGCAUACGCAAAGGCUGCAGAACUGCUGGUCCGUUUGAUGGACUCCAAAAUCGUACCGUCCUACUUUUGGCCGUGCCUGAUGACGGACGCAAUUCCUCUGUUGGAGUUUAAGGAGCCCAUCAUUCCCUCGAAGGAGACGUACACCAUCCUCGAGCAUUUGCAGCUGGAUCUUGUUCCGAUGCUCAGACAUCGCCAGCAGAAGAAACUGAACGGCAGCGGCGGCGGCGGCGGCGCCGGACAGGACAGCAAAAUGGAUACUGAGCAGACCGACGGCAAGGAAGGACACGAUCAGACCGCGUUGAUACCUAAAUUUGCGUCCAAUCUGCUAAACAACUGCACGGAAGAUCUUAUCAAAAUGCUCCGUCUAGCGUGCGCCCGUAACCUUGCCCGGGCAAUCAUCAUCGAGAACACCGCCAGUGGAUAAAUGGGGCAGUGAUGGAGUGCGAGAUGAGUCGUGGUUUUUUUUUGCAUUUGAUACUUUUGUCCAUUCUCUUUUCGAUGUAGCGCAUAAAUACAAGUUUGUUUAAAUGUAACACAAUA